GGGAAGGGGCGCGGCGGCGGCGGCGCCCCGGAGCGCCGGUCCGGGCGGAGCGGGCCCCGCGCACGUUCCGACCCGGGCCAUGACCCCCGCCGCUCUCUCUUGCAGGCUCGUCGCCGCGGCCCCCGGAGCCAGGCAGCCGCCGCCGCCCGCGCCCGGGCGGGCCCCGCGCGCGGCUCCGCAGUGAGCCCUCCAGGAAGCGGCCAGCAGAGGCGCCGACAUGGGGCUUAAGCUGUCCUGCCUGAAAGGCUUUAAAAUGUGUGUCAGCAGCAGCGGCCGCGACGAGGCCCCCGUCCUGAGCGAUAAGCACCUGGAUGUCCCCAGUAUCAUCAUCACACCCCCAACCCCCACGGGCAUGAUGCUGCCGAGAGACUCCAGGCAGACAGUCUGGCUGGAUGAGACAGGAUCGUGCCCGGAGGAUGGGGAAACAGACCCCGAAGCCUGAGGAGGAAGCCCGGGUCAGGAUCUGUCGGCACCUGUCCUGCUCUGGCGCCCCUCCCUCCACGUGUCCUGGGGGCAGGGCUGCUGGGACAUGUGCUGAGCACACAGCGAUUCCUGCACUCAGCCAGGAGAGAUGAGCACAGAGCCAGCCCUGCCAGCUUCCAGAGUGGUUGUUCCCGGGCCCCACUGAGCGGACCAGACCUCUCACCUGCACGUUCCUGCUGGCCUCGGUGCCGGGGAGAGACUUCCUUCUGGAUGUACACACACCCCAGCUCCCUGGGCCAUGCAAACGGGCGCCCAGGAGGUCAACACACACAAGAACUUCCUGCAAAGGAGCAGCUCUGCUUUUUAUAAGUUGUUUUACAGAUCUCAAAAUAGUCCAAAAGUGAUUUAUAAUUUCUUUUUUGCAUUGUAAAUAAAGAUCCUCUGUAACAAACAAUG